AUGGCAGCUCCCCCACAGACCAACAUUCGCAACCUCACCGGCGUUUGGCGCAUGAGCAAAACGCUAUCUGAUGACAUGGGCCCAUCCCUCGCAAUUCAAGGCAUCCCCUGGAUCGUUCGCAAGGCUAUCUCCUGGGCCACCAUUACCGGAAACUUGACUCAGUCAACUGACAACGCCGGCAACACAACAAUUACUGUGGCACAAACCGCAUCCGGCGGCAUCAAAGGCGAGACGGAAAUAUACAACCUAGAUGAGAGAGAGUACAAGGCAGGUUCCGCCAUGUUCGGCGUCCAGCGUAUCCGUGCCGGCUGGGUGGACUUGCGGCUAGAGAAACCGCUGAGCCUGAGCGGCAGGCCCUUCGACACGUAUCUUUCCGAGGGAUGGAUAGAGGAGGAUGAUCCAAACGUGGCUGGGCAUAUCACAGCCUACAUAGUCAGUGAACAAGCCGGUUGGUCAGUAGAGCAGGUCUGGGGGUUUAGCACAAUAGAUGAGAAGAGGUACCGGGUAAUCAGGUUUAUUGUAAGGAAAGGGGAGGAAUCUGCUGCCUCGAGGGUUAUUUGCGAAUGGCUAGGGGGAGACAACAGAAACUAA